GAGCCCCGCCCCUCCGCAGGCCCCGCCCUCUCUGCCCCGCCCUCCCUCUAUCCCAGGACUGCCUUCCAGCGCAGCCUGGGCCACCAAGCGCUGGCCAGCGGGCGCCGAGAAAUGGACCAAUUUUGACAAGAUGUAGUGCUAUAGCGUGCCUGAUCAGACAUGUUCAGUCAUGGCAUCCGAACUUUGUAAGACGAUCUCUGUGGCCAGGCUUGAAAAGCACAAGAAUUUGUUCUUAAAUUAUAGAAAUCUGCACCAUUUCCCAUUGGAGUUACUGAAAGAUGAAGGGCUGCAACAUCUGGAGAGGCUGUAUAUGAAAAGGAACUCGCUUACAACCUUGCCAGAAAACCUCGCCCAGAAGCUUCCAAACCUUGUGGAACUGUACCUUCACUCAAAUAACAUAGUUGUGGUCCCGGAAGCCAUCGGGUCCCUUGUAAAACUCCAGUGUCUGGAUCUUAGUGACAAUGCCUUAGAGAUUGUUUGCCCGGAAAUUGGUCGUCUGAAAGCAUUACGUCAUCUUCGAUUAGCUAACAACCAACUACAAUUCCUACCUCCAGAGGUUGGCGAUUUGAAGGAGCUGCAGACACUAGACAUUUCUACCAAUCGUUUGCUAGCUUUACCCGAGAGGCUUCACCUGUGCCUUUCUCUGCAGUACCUCACUGUGGACCGCAAUCGGCUAUGGUGUGUGCCGCGCCAUCUCUGCCAGCUGCCCAGCCUCAACGAGCUCUCCAUGGCUGGAAACCGUCUUGCAUUUUUGCCACUUGAUUUAGGGCGCUCUCGAGAACUGCAGUACGUGUAUGUGGAUAACAACACCCACCUGAAAGGCCUGCCGUCCUAUCUCUACAACAAAGUCAUCGGGUGCAAUGGCUGUGGUGUCACCAUCCAGGUGUCUGAGGUGAAGCUGCUGUCCUUUUCAUCUGGGCAGCUGACUGUCUUCCUCCCAGCUGAGGUGAAAGCCAUUGGUACAGAGGAUGACCAUGUCCUGCCUCUGCAGGAGCUGGCCAUGCGGAGUCUCUACCACACCUACCACAGGUUUCUGAAAGAUCUGAACUUUUUGUCUCCAAUCUCAUUACCCAGAAGUCUCUUGGAGCUGCUGCAUUGCCCCCUGGGGCACUGUCACCGGUGUAGUGAGCCCAUGUUUACCUUCGUCUAUCCCAAGCUCUUCCCCUUGAGAGAGACGCCGAUGGCAGGCCUGCACCAGGGGAGGACAACUGUUGGCUUCGUGGCUUACUGCUGCUCCACCCAGUGUCUGCAGACUUUUGACCUGCUGAGUUGAUAAACACUCAAGAGCCUUAGGAGCACUGCCAGCUGACCCUGCAGCUGCCUGCCGUAGCCCAGCAUGUGUGUGGCAGGGCCAGGAGAGUCCAACCAGGCGGAACAGACCCUUCCAUCCUGUCCAGUCCUGUC